GGAGGGCGGGGCCUGGGGGCAGUUAGGUCCCAGGCACAGCCUGGGGAGUGCAAUCCCUCUAGCUCUCUGGGGUACACAAAGCGCAGUGCGACUGGCUGGGGUAACAGCUUCAUCGAGUAGCGGGCAUUUGUGGCAGCAGGUGUGGACAGGUCCCACCCGACUCCACCCUGGAAAGUCCUUUUGAAGAAAUGGCCCUGGUGAGGGGCGGCUGGCUGUGGAGACAGAGCUCCAUCCUUCGCCGCUGGAAGCGGAACUGGUUUGCUUUGUGGUUGGACGGCACGCUGGGUUACUACCAUGAUGAGACGGCCCAGGACGAGGAGGACCGUGUGCUUAUCCACUUCAAUGUCCGAGACAUAAAGGUCGGCCAAGAGUGUCACGAUGUGCAACCCCCAGAGGGCAGGAGCCGAGACGGCCUGCUGACAGUGAACCUACGGGAGGGUUCCCGCCUGCACCUGUGUACAGAGACUCGGGAUGAUGCCAUAGCUUGGAAGACAGCACUGUUGGAGGCAAAUUCCACCCCGGCCCCAGCUGGAGCCACCGUCCCACCCAGGAGCCGUCGGGUUUGCCCUAAGGUCAGGUGUACGACCCUCUCCUGGAAACCCUGUAAGGUUGAGAGGCGGAUCUGGGUACGCGUCUACAGCCCAUACCAGGACUACUAUGAAGUGGUGCCCCCCAACGCGCACGAGGCCACAUAUGUCCGCAGCUACUAUGGGCCGCCUUAUGCAGGCCCUGGUGUGACUCAUGUGAUAGUGAGAGAAGAUCCCUGCUACAGCUCGGGAGCCCCAUUGGCCAUGGGCAUGCUUGCUGGGGCUGCCACAGGAGCUGCCCUAGGCUCACUCAUGUGGUCACCUUGCUGGUUCUAAGCCCUGGGGCUCUGACCUCUGGAUGUGCAUGUAGAAAGCAAGACCCUUUUCUUCCUGCUAUCUACCAUUUAAACCCUGCCUCAUUUUGACAUUCUCCUCUCCAUUAAGCUCUCUACACCUAGCCUAUCCCUCCUACCACUUAGCCUCCUUCCUCUCAGAGGAAACUAACAUCUUAGGCAGACUGAUGCCCCCUGUUGCCAGACACCCCCAUAAAUCACAUACAUUUGGUUCCAAGUAUCUGAGGGAUCGCAAUCACAAGUAAGCAACAAAGCUAGUUAUCAAUCUGAGGACACAUAGGGGCAAGGAGCAAGGCAGGAGGUCUGGGUGCUGUUGGCAGCAAGAAUGAGCAGAGGACAUCCUUCCAUGUCCAAAGAAUCAAAGAAUAGAGUUGGCUUGGGGUUGAGGCAGGGUUUGGACUAUUGCGUCCUCCAGGCUAAGGAGCUUGCUGGAUAAAGAUGAUAGGAACUUUUUAUGGAUUUCAACUAUAAUGAGUAUCUUGCCUGUUUUGUCAGUACUGGCACAAAUCAUUACUCCACACAUUAAGUUUGGCACCUUCUUCCCACUACUAGCUUCUCUGUGAUAGUUGAGCUAACUAACCCCUGGGUUUCCUGGCUGUGGGAUAGGUGAGCUCCUUGGGACCUCCAGCCUUAGAAACUCGCUUCCAUUAGGAAAUGCCUUUCUGAUCCCAGGAGCUCAGCUCUCUGAGGCUUUUUCUCUUCCUUCACUCUGUGGGAGGUGGCAUUAUUUCACUCUGGGGCCUAACCCACCUUGGCAACAGCCUGGGGAACCCCUCAUGUGCCUGCCUGUAGGUGGCAAGCAAUCUCUCCAUUAGAUCCUGUUCCAGACCUUUCCACUGCCGUCUCAGUUGCCAACAGAAAAGCUAGAGUGCCCACUAAUGUUCCCCAUAGAUGAGGGAGGGCUCCAUUGGCUCAGCUGUAGACUCUAAUAAAGACAUGACUGGCUCCCAAA